AUGGGUAUUGAGAAUCUGUGUAGACGGAAGAAUGUCAUCCUGGAAUACCCCCUCACCCAAUCCAAGACCACAGGAGUCAAGGAAUCUAAUCUGCGUGGCGUCAAUCAGAUUGACGCCUGGCUCAGUCUCACUGACCAAGACAAUAUUCGGUAUUCGGAUGAGGGCCCAGGGGCAAAAGAGGGUGUCCCAGCCCAGGUCAAAGAACUAAGCACUGUGCCUGGGCCCCCCCGGGCAUGGAGCCCCCCCGCGGCGGCCACCACGACUGCCACCGAGACUCCAAUUGAACGGGAGAUCCGUCAGAGCCAGGAGCGCGAGGCAAGCCUGCGACGGAGCCGGGGCUUAAGCCCUAGCUUCGCCGGUGGGGAGCUGGUGGAGUUGCGCCUCCGGCCCAUCCUUAGCCUGCUGCCGGGCCCAGGUCCUGGGCUGCCCCGGGACGUGAAGCGCGCCCGGGCAGGCGCCCAGAUGCAGCGCGACAUCGUUCGGGAGGCACACCGGGAGGAGGCGCUGGUGCGCCUGGGCUCGGGGCCCUGCGGUGGCCCGGAGUGCGGCCAGGGGCCGCAGCCGCUGAGCGAGCGCAAGCUGGUCUUUGAGGCUGGGGGCGCGCAUUCUCGGGCAGAAUCUGUGGGCCGGGGCCCUUCGUUCACCGAGGCCAGUGGCGCCGCCCAUGUGGUGGUUCUGGAGCAUCGCAGCCGGCUGCGGGCAUCAUUUCUAGCUCAGGCUCCUACUUUUGCUCCAGUUCUAGCAACGGCUCCGGCCCGAAACCAAGCUCUAGUUGUCGCCCGGACGCCAGACCUAGCCAUAGUCCCGGCUCCAGCUCCGCCUCUGGCUCCAGCUCCGGCUCCGGUCCCACGUGCCCCGGUCCCGCCUUCAGUCUUUGCCUUGAGAGCUCGGAGCCCGGCUCUUGCCUCGGCAUCGGCCCCAAUUGCUCGCCCCCCGGUCCCAGUCCCACCUCUGGCCCGGGUCUCUGAUCUAGCUUUGGUCCCAGCCUCCGCUGCGACCCCGGCUCCGACCCGUCGAGUCCAAUUGUCGCUGCUGGAGCAAGAGGUCCGAGAAGUUCGCCAGAGGGAGCGGGAGCUGCAGCUCCAGAGGCGCAGCAUCUAUGGGGCCUCAGAGUUCAAGGAGCCGACCCCAAGUCUCACAGAGAGCACACCCUCAGGGAAGCUUUCAGUGGUGUGGCCCCCUCGACGGGACUCUGAGAACGGCCCAGAGCAGAAUUACCGUGGAAGUGCCUGGCCCUUUAAGCGAGGGAAGAAGAUCUUGAUCCACACUGGGGAGCCCCUCAGCCAGGAGUAACUAGUCACCUGUCCCUGCCCCCUCAACCUGGACUGGGGAGCCCUAAGUAGUCCCCCCCACUUCCUCCACUAACCCGGACUGGGAGUUCUGAUUGAUUAUAUACACCCCCCCCCCACUAA